UUAUCAGUAACUUGUUUUUGUAGCACUUUCUCGAAUCAGCGCAUUUGAUGCUGAAAUCUUCUAUAACUACGUCUUCCAUUUCACUCCGCGCAACUACCAGGACAUCCAAAAGUUGGGCUCUAUGGAGGCCAGCUCUUUCUGUGGAAUAUGUUAGAAGCAUACAUGCUAGCCCUGCUCGAUGCGGCUCCGGCUCAUCAAGGAGUGCCAGCAAACGAUAUAAAGAGAGGAUAAAUAGGAUGCAUGUCGAGUCCUUAGACACUUUCUUCCGCCGUCUUUAUGAAAAGUUCCCAUCGUCAUCGAAGCGGGUUGAAGUAGCCAGAAUGGUCAAAGAAGCUAUAUCCAGAAUAAGCACAAACCGGGUAGCUAUUCGCUCGAUGGCGACUCUGGACAGAUUGUAUAAUGUUGAAGAGACAAUACUCAAGUGUAUACAGCAAAAGAAACUGCCGCCCUGGCUCACCGGUCGAGAAAGGGCUUUCGACAAUUGUUAUCGACUACCGCCUGAACGACUGCCACCAGGAUGGUCUUCAGACUGGCCAGACUGGCCACUACGUCAUCACCUGUUUCCCAACUCUGCAGGUCUAUACAGCAAAUCACGAUUUGACCUGAUGAUUCGUUAUACCCACGGACUUUCCGUCUACCGUCCACUCAUGUACUGCGUAGAGGGUAAUCACAGGGACGAUUUUCUAUUCGAGUGCAGAGACGGGGUCUACUACUUUGUUACCCGCGCUACUUCACCUGCUGUUCAAGUGGCUCCGAUGGUUGAUGGUACUACGAAACCGACAUUAGGAAGCUUUUUCGCUGCAUUGAAGACUCGAAAGCCGACUCAGCUGAUGGGUCGAAAAUGGUUGCCAGCUGAAACCGGGAGAUCCUUCGUAGAGGAGGUGUGGGACCAGAAGUGUAUGCGAGCGUAUGCAGAACUGAUAUACGAGAGUCAGAACGCUUCACCGUAUGUAGAAGAUGUAUACGACGACUUUCCUGAGAAUACUUAGUUAUUGAAUUUAAUUAAAUAAUUAAAUAAUG